AUGCUCGAACGUGAAACCAGUCCGUGAGCUGCUUGGGUUGCUUGCUGGUUUAAUGACGCGGUGGUGGUGUGCUGUAGUGCGAACGUGUGUGUGAAGUGGUGUGCUGGAUUAUAAGACCCCCCGCUGCUACCACCGAGUUCAUCGCUGUCCCCUUCUGGGGCUAUGGCUCUCUCCACAGCGGCCACAUACGUGUUACUACUUUUCACGGCCAUCGGAUUCCUUGUUUCAGGAACUGUGCAAGCAGCUCAAGAUGAUCAGCCAGUUCCAUCAGAGUCCGAGUGUCGGCCUUACAUUGAGAAGGCUCUGAAACAGCUCGGAACCUCUGACGCGCCACCAGAAACGAGUGAGGAGGACAGCGGGGAACAGCCUGGAGGGGCAGAGCUGGCAACAUCCGAUGAGCAGGGCGACCAAUCUUCGAUAGACGAAACGUCUGCAGAGGCAGAGGCCGCUUCUGCUGAAGACGCGAAGACUAGUGCAGAGGACACUACAGCAAGUGACGAAGAAGCAAGUAGCGAGGAGGGAGAACAAGCAAGCGCAGAGGGAACCCCAGGGGACGCGCAGACCCUACCGGACGAUGGAACUAACGCAGAGUCACAGGAGGAUACCACAGAAGAACGCAGUGCUGAGGAAAUUGAGGCAGGAAGAGCUCCAGGUGGCGACGAAGAUUCCGCUAGUACCGAAGAAGCCAGUGGUGAAAGUGCCGAGGAAAGCCGUGAAGAGAUUCGUGAAAAACGAAGUACCGAAGAAGCCUAUGCUGAAGAGGAAGGAGGAAGUAGUGAGGAAGGAGCUACAGGUGAGGAAGCAAGUGCCGAAAAAACUACCAAUGCAGAAGAGAGUAGUGCAACUGAAGGUGCAAGUGCCGAGGCAGAAGUAAGUGCAGAAGAAAGCGCUGCAGCUAAAGAUGAAGAAAGCUCCGAAGGAGGAAGUACAGAAGAAGAGUCAAGUGAGGAAGACAGUGCUGCAGUAGAAGGUGGCGCAAACGCAGCGGAAGGAGCAAGUAAGGAAGACUCUACAGCCACCACAGAAGAUAUAAGAACCGAAGAGACUGGAACAAGUCAUGAGAGUGAAGGAGUUUCAAGUGCCGAAAAAGGCGCAGAAAGUGAUGAAGACGCUUCAAAGAGUGGUGAAGAUGCUGUUAGUAGUGAAGAAGGAGAAAUAACCAGCGUUGAAGAAGGUGUUCCAAGUGCGGAAGGUACACCUACCGGUGCUGAAGAAGCUGCUAGUUCUGAAGGAGACAGUAAAGAAGAUGCUUCUACUUCUAAAGAUGCUGAUGAAAGUGCUGAAGAGGGCGGUGCAGCUGGCGAUGCUCCUAGUGCUGAAGACAGUGCUAGUGUCGAGGACGCAACUGGAGGAUCGAGUUCUGAGGAAAGAGAUGCCACCACCGUCGAGGAAAGACAGCGGAGUGCUGAAGGAAAAGUGGCAGCCAGUGAUGAAGAGAAGGGUGGUGUAAGUGAUGAAGAGCCAUCUACUGAAGAACAACAAGCAAGCGCCAAACAGAGUGGUGAAACGCCAGCUGCUGAGUCAGAUGAAAGCAAGAGUUCUGAAGAAACCGCAACAGAAUCAACGGCUGGAGAGAGUGCAGAGGCAUCUGCAGAAGCAAGCAAUGAAUCUGACGAAACUUCGGCUGAAGGUGAAGCACCUGCUCCUGCAGACUCAAUACCCGAAGAAGAGGAACUAACUCUGGAGGUGGAAAUUCCAGAAAAUCUCCGGCCGCGGGACCAUGUUGCCCAGAUACUGCGACUUGAUUCAGAGUCACUUGAGAAAGAACUGAUUUUGUCGAAAACUGCGGAUAUAACACUCAAAGAACUCAAGAGACUGUAUGACAAUGCUAUCAAGCCUUUAGAGAUGCUCUACAAAUACCGAGAACUAAGCAACAGACAUUUUGGAGAUCCUGAAAUAUUUUCAAAACCACUUAUCCUCUUCAUGGGUCCCUGGAGUGGUGGUAAGUCUACGAUAAUCAACUACCUGCUCGACAAUGAAUACACAUCAACAGCGCUACGCACAGGUGCUGAACCAUCUCCUGCCUACUUCAACAUCCUGAUGUGGGGAGACCAAGUAGAGGUACUGGACGGGACCCAACUAGCUGCUGACUGGACUUUUUCAGGACUACAGAAGUUUGGUCAAGGAAUGCUGGACAGACUGAGAGGUCUUAGACUACCAAACCCACUGCUUGAAAAGGUAAAUAUUGUGGAGAUUCCUGGAAUUCUGGAAAUUCGUAAGCAAGUAGAACGACUAUUUCCAUUCAAUGAUGCCUGCCAAUGGUUCAUUGACCGAGCUGAUAUCAUAUUCCUGGUGUACGACCCAUCCAAGCUGGACGUUGGACCGGAGACAGAGGCAAUACUAGACCAGCUGAAGGGAAGGGAGUACCAGACGCGCAUAAUUCUCAACAAAGCUGAUCAAGUACGCCCUGAGGAGCUGAUGAGAGUGCAAGGCACACUGAUAUGGAACAUCAGUCCUCUCAUGUCAAGUUCUGAGCCUCCAGUUAUGUAUUCGACAUCGCUCUGGUCACUGCCAUAUGAGUCUGGGGCUCCCACACGUCUACUACACGCUCAGGAGAGAGCCUUCUUAAGGGAUCUGAGGGAUGCCAUUGACAAGCGGGUCGAGAACAAGAUCGCCAGCGCACGCCGAUUUGCUGUCCGGGUUCGCAAUCAUGCAAAAAUGGUCGACUGCUAUCUAACAACCUACUACAACCACAAGUCCUUCUUUGCUAACAAGAAGAAGAUUAGUGAUGACAUCAUUGAGCAUCCUCAGGACUAUCACAUUUAUGAAGGUCUGAGCACACUGACCAACAUCUCACGUUACGAUCUACCUGAUCCAGAUGUCUACAAGGACUUUUUCAGACUGAAUCCCCUAUAUGAUUUCCAACUACUUUCAUCAACAUGCACCUACUUCAGGGGAUGCCCCAUCAACCGACUAGAUAUUGCUAUAGCUUAUGACUUGCCAGAACUUGUGGGGAAAUAUAAAAAAUCAGUUGAAGCUGCACUGGCUGGUAUUCAACCAAAAAGUUGAGUCAAGAGAGUAUUCACAAACACUCACAUCCUGUAACCCUCUCAAAAUAUGGAAGUGAAACACUGUAACACUGUAGGUGUUAUUCUGAUGAAAGAUCGGGCUUGAAGUAGUUGGAUCAAACAUUGGCUAUGAAAAAUCUCUAUGCUCUAUAAAACCAUUUGGAUACAUACCACAUUAGCAAAAACAAUCACAUUAGUAUAAUCUACUUCCACAGCCCAUGUAUACCAAUAUUAGAAAAACAAGAAGGGUUCAAUAUGUUGCCUCCAAAAGCUUUAGAAAUUCAAAACAUAUCUGAUAACAAAUAUUACAACUAAAAUGAACAAUGCAAUUUCAAGGAUUGAACCCUAACUGAGAGGAGAAACGAGGUAAGAAUCGUGGCACAAGACUGCAAAAAUAGGUGUACAUUCUAUGUCAGGAAAUCUUACCAAGAACAACACGUUCAUUCACAAAGUCCGAGUGAGUACCAUGUUAGGAAACCAGUGUGAUAAUGUGAUUGUGUUCAUACAUUUCAACUUCAAAAUAUCCAAACUGAUGUAACGCUUGUAUGUCUAACAUUCUGUUAGAAAGUACGCUUAUAUUUGCAAUUAAUACUCAAGUCAUUGAAUGAAGAAAGCUUUAAGUAUCUACAUGUGACCAGUAGCCUAAUGUGACUGAGCUAAUCAAGCUUCCACAGCCUCUGUAAGUGUUUCACAAGAUCGCCAACCAGAAAAAAAAACGAGGAGGAGAACAGAUGAAAAGGGAUACAACAAAUUACCUUCCAGUGAAGUGAUCAAAGUUGGCAUAAAUGUGGUGCUAAACUGAUCUAACUUGUGCUUGGUUCAUGCAUGCACCACUCAAAUUUCUGAGUGGGUUGUUCACCAUCAAACUUUUAAGUGUUCCAAAAAGCAUCAUUAGCUAGAAGAUGCACAUACUUUGCACUGAAACUGCACUGUUUCCCACACUGAAACAGAAAAUUGAGAAAUUGAAAUGAUGCACAUUUAAGUGCCAAGCAAAGUUCUGAUGGUGAGCAACGGGCACAACUGGCUGCGUUUUCCAAAGGAGAAUGACCACAGUCAAUUUAUGUAUGUCCAAGCUCUUUAUAAACUCAAAUGAUUUUUAAUCCCCGCUAAUUAUGAAGCAAAACAAUUAGAAUACUGUAUUUUUAAGUCAAUAAAACAGACUAGUUGUAGAAGAAUGCAGUUACAGAUAGAGUAUAUUGCAUCAAAUACAUAUUCCUUUGCCUGUUGAAGCUAAUUCCAAUGAGGUAAAUAUUAGAUUGUUUCAUUACUCAUGCCAUGUGAAACACUGGCAAAUGGAUCUGUGUAAAUUUUAUCCAUAAGAAUGGACGUGUUUGUUUAAAUAAAUGGAAAUGUGUCUGUCUUCA